AUGCCCGCCCCCAUCAUCACCGCCAACGACCUCGAGAAUGGCCAAAUGAAGUCAGUCGACGUUGGUGGCGACCAGAAAGUGCUGAUCGCUAAAGUGCAGGGCAAAGUGUAUGCCACGACGAACAAGUGUACGCACUUUGGCGCGCCGUUGGAGAAGGGCGUGCUUACAGCCGAUGGGCGCUUGACUUGUCCAUGGCACGGCGCCUGCUUCAAUGUGAAAACCGGCGACAUCGAAGACGCCCCAGGCAUGGCCUGCCUCAAAACCUUCCCGGUGGCCAUCUCCGGCGACAAGAUCCACAUCGAAGUCACCCCCGAAGCCGCCAAGCAAACCGUGCCUAUCCCCAACCGGCCGUCCCCAAAAAAGGACGACACGGUCGUGAUCAUCGGCAACGGGUCCGGCGGUCAGUCCGCCGCUGAGGCGUUGCGGGAGCACGGGUUUGGUGGGAAGAUCGUCGUUUUCGGGAAAGAACCGUACCUCCCCAUCGACCGCACCAAGCUCAGCAAAGGCCUGGACGUGUCCGCGGAGAAGAUCGCGUUGCGGCCUGAGGAGUUCUACCGCGAGCGUGAGAUCGCGCUGCACGCCGAGAAGGAGGUCAAGGAGGUUGAUCUUGCUAAAAGGCAGGUCACGCUGACCGAUGGGACGACGCAGGGGUACUCGCAUCUUGUUCUGUCGCCGGGCUCGUAUCCCCGGCCAUUGGACGUGCCUGGGAAGGAGCUGAAGAAUGUUCAUUUGCUGCGGUCGUUGGUGGAUGCCAAUGCCUUGCAUAAGGCGAUCAAGUCGAAGGAGAAGCCGAAGGUUAUUAUUGUUGGGACUGGGUUUAUUGGACUGGAGUUGGCGUCUGUGCUUGCGAAGGACGGGACUGCUUGUGUGACCGUCUUGGCAAGGAAUGAGACACCACUGAAGCCCGUUCUGGGUGAAGAGAUUGGAAAGUUCAUCAAACGAUGGCACGAAGAAAAGGGAGUGACCUUCAAGGUCGCGCAACCCAAAUCGUUCGAGCCUUCAGUGGUAAACCCGUCAGAAGUCGGCACAGUAAAACUCACCACCGGCGAAGAACUCGCCGCCGACGUCGUCCUAGUCGCCAUCGGCGCCCAGCCUGCCACCACCUUCCUCAAACCCACCGGCCUCCUCAACGACGACGGCUCCAUCGAAGUCGACAACUUCCUCCGCGUGCACUCCCACCCGGAGGUCUAUGUCGCCGGCGACGUCGCGCGGAUUCCCUUGGGGGGGACCGACCAGAAAGUCCGCGUGGAACAUUGGAACGUCGCCCGCAACACGGGGCGCUCCAUCGCGCGGAACAUCGCCAUUGCCUCCGGGUCCCAACCCCCUGCGUCCGCAGAUUCCGAACUGGAACCCUUCACGAAAGUGCCGUACUUCUGGACAGUCCAAUACGGCAAUUCCGUACGAUACGCCGGCGGCGGCCCCUUUGACGAAGUGUAUGUGGACGGCGACUUGACCAGCAAAAAAGGUGAUGAGACCAGCUUUGUGGCGUAUUAUGCAAACAAGGGCGCCGUUGUUGCCGUGGCGAGCCUGAAUAAGGAUCCGGUUGUGAGUCAGUUUUCGGAGCUGUUGAGGUUGAAGAGGGUGCCGACUUUGGCGGAGAUUAAGGGCGGCAAGAGUAUUUUGAGCGUGCCAUUGGGCCCUGCCAACGCUGCGAAUUUGUAG